AAAACGCAGAGUUUCAAUCCUUCAGAGCUUCCGCCGCAGAUCAUCGGUGAAAGCUAGAGAGUACUACAGUGAAAAAUCAAAUCAAUGGAGGACAGUACUAGUUCCCCCAAUUCUACCUCCGAUGACCUCAAGAAACAUGUAAUGAAGGUUUUCAAGGACUCCACCCAUGACUGUGAGGACAUUUUCUUGAAAAAACAGUUUGAGAUGCUUUGUGACUAUGACUCCCUUAACAAUUAUGCGAUUUUGGUGUUCGAUUCUAUGGCGAAUUCCGGCAUGCCUGACGAAGCCAAAGAGCUCUUUAAGCCUCGCUCUGAGUUGGCCGUGCUGCCUGACGUGGCCGUCUUCACCAUUGUCAUUCGGUGCUAUGCCUAUGCCGGAAGGACCAAGGCUGCUCUCAAGGUGUACCACAGCAUGUUAGCCAGUGCUGUCGCCCCUGCCUCGGUUACUUACUCUAUACUCAUCACGGCACUUGCAAAAGACUCAUCUUCUGAUGUCACUUUCGUUGGGUAUGCCAAGAAGUACUUUUUUGGAAAUGUUGGAUAA